GUCAUACGUCAUCGUAACAAUUCUAACCUUAAAUUUUUAUCAUAUAUUUUUAUUGUCCAUAUCGGCUUUAUCAAAAUACUAGUUUUCCAGUUCUACUUUUUUAUAACUAAAGUGUUUGGUAGAUUUUUACGAAAAUAUAAAAAUUUAUCCGUCAUGUUUAUUAAAAGACGAUAUUUUCUUAUAUGUGCUUUACUGAUAACUUUUGUUAGCUUAAGUUCUCAACAUGAUCAUGACCACCACCAUCACCACGACGAGGUUGAUCCACGUCCAGCUUUCAAGUAUUCAAAGGAAGCUAAUGAAAAAUUUAAAAGUGCCGGGGAGAGUCAUUCCCACGAAAAACCAAACGUACAAGAGAAAAUUCCAAUAAGGCCUACAAACGAACUCUGGCUUAAGGCAAUGGCUUCCACAUUGCUUAUAAGUGCUGCUCCUUUUUUAAUUCUAUUUUUAGUUCCUCUUGACAACACUGAUAAGGAGAAACCAUUAUUAAAAAUUCUACUGGCUUUUGCAUCGGGUGGGCUUCUUGGUGAUGCAUUUCUGCAUUUGAUACCUCAUGCUACAUUGGGUGUGGGAGAUGAAAACUCUGGCCACCAUGGCCAUGGACAUAGUCAUGGGGCCCACGAGGGAGAGCAUGAACAUGACAUGUCGGUAGGAUUAUGGGUGUUAGCUGGAAUAUUAGCAUUUUUAGUUGUUGAAAAGACUGUCAGGAUUUUGAAAGGGCCUCAUAGUCAUUCACAUUCUGCCCCAAAACCUAAAGAAACAAACUCAAAAAAAUCUACUGACAAGAAGGAGAAAAAUAAAAAGACUGACAAGAAAGACAUUCAGAAAAAAGAAGAGCAUCACGAACCUAUUAAAGUGGCAGGUUAUUUAAACCUUGCUGCUGAUUUUAGUCACAACUUUACUGAUGGUCUUGCCAUAGGUUCCUCAUAUCUAGCUGGAAACACUGUAGGAAUAGUAACCACAAUAACAAUUUUACUACACGAAGUACCUCAUGAAAUUGGAGAUUUUGCCAUAUUACUUCAAAGUGGAGUUUCAAGAAAAAACGCUAUGAUGUUGCAACUCACUACUGCAUUAGGUGCCAUAGCAGGCACAGCUAUAUCGCUAUUUGCUCAGAAUAGCGCAGGCGCAAACGCAGCUUCCUGGAUACUGCCUUUUACUGCUGGAGGUUUCAUUUACAUUGCACUAGUGUCUGUUAUUCCAGAAUUAUUAGAUGAAGAAAAGCCAAGUUUCAAGAACAGUCUUUUGCAGAUUCUUUUUAUGCUUAUUGGCGUGUUUAUGAUGGUCCUUGUAGGAAUGUUUGAAUAGAAAAAUCCUUAACACGUGCUUGCACUGUUAAGUCAACUAAAAAAAUAAAUACAAAAUAAAACUACUUUUUUUCAGACAUUAUUGAUUGAAAAUGGAAUUUGGGAAGUCUUAGAAUAUAGAUUGUUAUGUAUAAUACCUCAAUUAAAUAGGUAAUUUAACUCAGAAUACAAUUAGGUAUCUAAAAAGGAUCAGUGUUUUUAGAUAUAAGACAUAAACUCUGUUACCUAUUUGUUUUAUAAAGUAGUCUAUAAUCUUUUUGAAUAGAUUGUAUAGCAAAAUAUUUUUUAACUGUGAUGACUGUGUAAUUUAGUUAUUUUCUGAGUGGACUUCAUGGUUGAGUAUGUUUUAUUGGAUUAGAAAUAUUUUUGCUUUUCUAUAUAAUCUUAAGUAAAUUGAAAUUAAUUUAAGCAAAUUUAUACAGACAAAAAUAUAUUUAUUUUUAUAUGCUGAA